UGGCGCCUUCCUCUAUAUAAGCGGCGGCGGCGGCGGCGCGCGGGCUCCGGCGGGCUCGGCUCGGCUCGGCUUCGGCGAGCUCGGUUCUAGCUCUGCUCGGUUCGGCUCGGCUCAGCCCGGCACGGCGGCGGCGGGAGAAUGGAGAUGAAAAAGCGGCUCACGCUGGAGCUGCGCAACAAGAAGCCUGGAGAGGUGAAAGAGCUGGUUCUUGAUAACUGCCGUUCGGAUGAUGGGAAGAUCGUCGGGCUCUCUUCAGAUUUUGAGAACCUGGAGUUCCUCAGCAUGAUCAACGUCAACCUGCUGUCCAUCUCCAAUCUCCCCAAACUUAACAAGCUCCGAAAGCUGGAGCUGAGUGAUAACCGGAUUUCUGGUGGCCUUGAAGUUCUAGCAGAGAGAACUCCUAACCUGACACACUUGAAUCUAAGUGGCAACAAGAUCAAAGACAUCAAUACCCUGGAACCCUUGAAAAAGUUGCCAAACCUGCAUAGUCUGGACCUCUUCAACUGCGAGGUUACGAUGCUCAUCAACUACAGGGAGAGUGUGUUCACCCUUCUGCCCCAGCUCACGUACCUAGAUGGAUUUGAUGCUGAUGAGCAGGAAGCUCCUGACUCAGACCCUGAGGCAGAUGGGGAUGGCCUGGAAGAUGAAUAUGAGAAUGGGGAAGGUGAGGAAGAGGAGGAUGAUGAUGAGGAAGAUGACUUGGAUGAAGAAGUCAUCGAUGAAGAAGAUGAUGAAGAUGAUGAUCUGGAAGGUGAAGAGGAGGAGGAUGGAGUAGAUGAUGAGGAGGAAGAUGAGGAGGAAGAUGGUGAGGAUGAAGAAGAUGAUGAAGCUGAUGAUGACCUUCCACGGGGGGAGAAGAGAAAACGAAAUCUAGAGGAUGAAGGAGAGGAAGACCCAGAAGACGAAGAGGAUGAUGAGGAUGACUGAUCCCAGCGAGCCAAUCAGUUUUACAGACUAUGACUGUGCUUGUCUUAACCUCCCCGUUGUGUCUAUGUGAGACUGUAAAUCCCCAUCUCCCACUCCUCCUCCCCUUUGUAUGGCUGCAGCGUCCACAAUAUAUUUUUUUAAGAUGUAGAAUACUGUAGGCAUUCAGGGGAAUCUUCCAUACAAGGCUCUCUUUCUCACAAGUAUCUCAUGACCAAAGGCUUUCUCCGUUCUGUGGUUUGUGCAGCAGUUUGCAAAAAAAAAAAAGAAAAAAAAAAAAAGAAAAAAAAAAAAGAAAAAAAAAGAAAAAGAAAAAAAUUUCCUCCUAGGGUAUCUUUGGUGUCUGAAAUCAGCCUUGCCACACUGGACCCAGAGCUCCAGCCUGCCACCCUGCCUGACAACCAAGAAGGUGUUUGCUAUCUGCAUGCCCUCAGACCUGCUUUCUGAAGACACUCGAGCCAUCUUGAGCAGUGGGUGCAAAUCUGGUUCAUCUGAAUGGACUCUUAAGCAACCGAUCACUGAGGUCUCUCUGAUCAGAAAUAAUGGUGAUGUGAUCUCUGGAUAUGCUUGAAGAUACUUUAGUGCUGGGAUUGUGGGGUGCCUGGGGUCUUGGGCGGGGGGUUGACUGCUUGCAAGACCUGGUACCUCUGGUGAAGCACCUUGCAGUAGCCCUGUACUUGCUUUCCUACUUUUUAUAAACUGGAAUGUUUUUUUUUUUCCUGAUUGCCACCUAAUAACUUUGACUUGGAUGCCCAAGUAGUGCUGGUUUAUGGUCCCGAACAUCUGCUGUGCUGAGGCAUGUCAUCGUUCUAGCAGCCUGUGCUUUGGGAAGAGAUAGGAAAUAGCAGGUUUAGGGAUACUGCACUUCUGUCAAACUCCAUUUCGCACUGUACAGAACACGUUCAACCAGUAUCACUGUGAUGCACCUAACUCGGCGUUCCCCAGGAGACCGUGUUAGCCUAUAUAUUCUCAGGGUCCUUCUGCUAGCCAGUAACAGCUCUGGACAGUUGCCUGGUGUGCGUCCUCCUCCUUUUUCCUUUUCAACAUGAAGAGAAGUCCAUUGAUCAGAAAUCCAGCUUGCUCCCAUUCAUGCUGUUCACGUGCUGCAGGAGCAGCCAUGGGGCAUGUCUCCCUCUGACCUGGAGUGGCUGGAGCAGGGAAGGGGGGAAUUGGACCAGGGCUAGCUCUCCACCGCAGGGUUUCUGGCCUCUGACCCUUCUUUCCUUUGCCACGACGUGUUCAGAUGGCACAGCUGAUAGCUUCUGGAGAAACCUGGCCCUGUGGCCUGCAGGGGUGGGGAACUGUUGGGUGCUGGGUGCCUGCGUUUGGGGACAGAGGGAGCAACGCGGUGCUGGGAGCAUCCCACUGCUGCGGGGGCACUGGCACUUUGCAGAGCUCUGCUCGGUGCUCCAGGCGAUGCUUUGGCACCCGGUGCCUGGAGGUGAGGCUCACAGAGUUCCUUCAGGAGUGGUGUGUGUUUGCAGCACAUCAGAGUUUCUGUUGCUUUGUUCUGUUCUUGCCGUUGUCUCUUGCAUUGUACAGUAGCUGUAACCAUUCAGAGAAGAACUACUCCUGUAAAAUGCAAACUGAGUAACUUAUAAAUGUUAAAGGAAUUUUAAAAAGGAAAAAAAAAAAAAAAAUCAGAGCAGCAGUUACUUCUAAUUUUUUUCCCUGCAUUUUUAGCAGAUUGUAUGGAUUUUAUAAUAGCCUAGUCACUGUCAGGUUUCGAUUGGUCAGACUAGUCCCAGGAAUAAGGAUCUCCAGCCCUUUUGUAUCUUUUGUUACAAAAUUUGGAUAAAACUUUUAAUAAAGACUUCAGUUUUUAAAAAUC